GCGGGCGCCGGGAUGAGCCUCCGCGCGCCGCGGCAGCCCUGAGCAGCAGGCCGGGCCAGAGGAGCGCGGCGCCCGCCCGCCGCGGGCCAUGGCGUUCCUGGCCGGGCCGCGCCUGCUGGACUGGGCCAGCUCCCCGCCGCACCUGCAGUUCAACAAGUUCGUACUCACGGGCUACCGGCCGGCCAGCAGCGGCUCGGGCUGUCUGCGCAGCCUCUUCUACCUGCACAACGAGCUGGGCAACAUCUACACGCACGGGCUGGCCUUGCUAGGCUUCCUGGUGCUGCUGCCCAUGACCAUGCCGUGGGGCCAGCUGGGCCAGGACGGCUGGCUGGGCGGGACACACUGUGUGGCCUGCCUGGCCCCUCCUGCGGGCUCUGUGCUGUACCAUCUCUUCAUGUGCCACCAAGGGGGCAGCGCCGUGUAUACCCGCCUCCUCGCCCUGGACAUGUGUGGCGUCUGCCUUGUCAACACCCUUGGGGCGCUGCCCAUCAUCCACUGCACCCUGGCCUGUAGGCCCUGGCUGCGUCCGGCUGCCCUGGUGGGCUACACCGUGCUGUCUGGCGUGGCUGGCUGGCGGGCCCUCACUGCCCCCUCCACCAGUGCCCGGCUCCGUGCCUUUGGUUGGCAGGCUGCUGCCCGCCUCCUGGUGUUCGGGGCCCGGGGAGUGGGGCUGGGCUCCGGCGCCCCGGGCUCCCUGCGCUGCUACCUGCGCAUGGAUGCGCUGGCACUCCUUGGGGGACUGGUGAAUGUGGCCCGCCUGCCAGAGCGCUGGGGACCUGGCCGCUUCGACUACUGGGGCAACUCCCACCAGAUCAUGCACCUGCUCAGCGUGGGCUCCAUCCUCCAGCUGCACGCCGGCGUCGUGCCAGACCUGCUCUGGGCCGCCCACCACACCUGCCCCCCAGACUGAGCCACCUCCUGCCUGCCACGUCGGCCUCUCUGCAGUUACCUGGGACCGACGAUCGCGCUUCACUCCUGCUGGUCUGCGAGGGGCUGACUCCCUGGAUGCUUCCAGCAAAUUGGACUUCCCAGCUGGCAGCCGUUACCCGUUCAUCUGAUUUUCCCUGUGGACUAGCCUCUUCUACGCACGUCUCGGAGCUCUGGCUUCCCUCCCUGCCUUCUUUCCGGGUACUGUCUGUGUGGGCUAGACGGAAACCUUCCUUCCUAGGCCUCCGUUUAUCCUCCUCUGUGACCUGUGAGGGUGUGGCCAGAGGGACUCUGGGGUCACGUCUGGCUCUGACAGUUGGGAUGCUAUCAGCCCAGAGCCGUGAGCCCAACACCCUGCCCCACAUGUAAAGUACCUCAUGGCUGCCUUGCCCAGCCUUCAGCCCAUAUUUCCUGACCUUUCUGGUCUGAGUGCCAGCCCUCCCUGCAGCCUGAGGCUCACCCACCCCUUCUCCCUUCGUCCAGAGACUGUGGAGUGAGGGGUUUGGGCAACAGGACUAGUCUCUUAUCCCAGGACCAAGGGGUAGGAGGGCGGCUGCAGCUGCUUUUUCCAGGCAGCAAGAACAGAGACAUGAAGCACUGAGUGGCCACUGGGCUGAGGGCCCUCCCUCCACCUUGAGUGCCAUGCUCUGAUGGCUUGACCUACACAGUGGGGACGUGCCUGCUCAGGAAAUCUCUGCUCCACACAGCGCCUGGAUCCUACCUCCAGUCAGCUGGCCUGGGGCCCUGUAUCAGGGCUCAGCCUCGGGGCCACAAACCCCCGGCAACAUCAAUAAAGGGUAGGAAGUGCUGUGUUGCCACACAA